GCUCUGGGACGUUUUAGUACACAUUUUUCUGUGUAUGACGAUAACAACGUGUGUUGAUGAAAGAAUACAGUUUAUGUAUUUAUUUAUUGUUAAUUAUCGCAAUUGACAUUUGAUUUAUCAACCCUUGUUAACAAGACUUUUAUUCAAAAUGUUACGAAGGCAGGCAAGACUGAGGCGGGAAUACAUUUAUAGAAAAUCUAUAGAAGAUCGAGAGAGAACAAUACAGGAAAAGAAACAGAAAUUGAAACAAUCAUUAGAUGAGAAUAAACAGAUUCCAGCAGAGUUGGCUGAUGAUGCAAUUAGAUUGGAGAAAACGCUGAACUGGGAGGACCAAGGGGCAGAUGGUCUAACUACCAGUGUGGAUGAUGAAUACAAGUGGGCCGGGGUUGAGGACCCGAAGGUCAUGGUCACCACAUCAAGAGAGCCCAGCUCCAAGCUCAAACAGUGGGCCAAGGAGAUCAGGUUGAUAUUUCCCAACUCACAGAGGAUAAACAGAGGAGGGUACGAGGUGAAGCAGCUAAUGGACGCAUGUCGAGCCAACGAUGUCACAGACCUCAUCAUUGUACAUGAACAUCGAGGUGUGCCCGAUGGGCUUGUUGUCUGCCAUUUGCCAUACGGGCCCACGGCGUAUUUCACGCUCGCCAACGUGGUGAUGCGGCACGACAUUCCAGAUACAGGGACCAUGUCUGAGGCCUUCCCACACCUAAUAUUCAAUAAUUUCACAUCUCGACUAGGAAAUAGGGUAAAAAACAUCCUAAAAUACUUGUUUCCUGUACCAAAGGAAGAAAGUCGUCGAGUAAUUACAUUCUCAAAUGAUGAUGACUUUAUCUCGUUUAGGCAUCAUGUUUACAAAAAGGGAGAAGGUGGCAAGACCAUAGAGCUAGAUGAGAUUGGACCAAGGUUUGAGAUGAAAUUAUACCAGAUCGUGUUGGGUACCCUGGACACGGUGUCUAGCGCAGAUGUGGAGUGGGUGUACCGUCCGUACAUGAACACAGCCAGGAAACGAAAGUUCCUAUCAGACUGAGCAAUAUGGCCAAUCAUUUAAGAGAGGACUUGAUAACAGCAGUUUAUUUUGACCUGAUGAAACGCUGGACUUGAUGAAGGGCUUGUCAUGUAGAGUGGUUAAAGACAUUAAUCUGAUGUGAUGAGUGCUACUGUAUAUCAGAUGUUUACAGACAGUUUUUCAACCGAUUGUUAUACCUCCGGUUACGAGGUACAGUGGGGUUUACUGGCUUAACCUUGGAGGCCUGUAUAACUGUCUCUGUCCAUACAUGCACAAUUCUCUGCAGGUUGUCUUCUUAAUGUUUGAACAUAAAGGAGCAUACAUUUUAUAAAUGUUUUAAUGUUACAUUUUUAUCAAGGUAUGUUAAAAAAGUACAAAAUUUAUGCCAGUGUACCGACUAAUACAUUAUAUAACAUAAUGCUACAUAUAACACACGCUGCCAAGGGCAGCUCUUUGUCACUAUUGUGACAAAUUCUAGUGUGUAUAGCAACAGACAAUAAUUAUAAGAAAUAGAUAUAAGAAACCUUAUAGUUUUUGAUAUGUUUAAUCAACUGUAAAUAAAACACUGGGUGUGUAGUUUUUGAGUAAACAUGUUAUUGCUAUAAGUAAUUUGUUAUGUUUCUUAUAAACAAUUUAUUCCGAGUACAUACAUAGUGGAUCAUGUUAAUGAAUGGUAUAGAUAUUGUAAAUUUAUGGACUACCUGCACUUGUAUUCAACAUUUCAUAAUGAAAAUGAUUUUGUUUUGUUUGAAAUUGUAUUGUUCUUUCAGCAGAAUAAAGCAUUUUAUCUA